ACAACAGCAGCAGCGGCAACCAUGUCAUCCAACACCACCACCAUGAAAGAAGCCAUCGUCUCCCCCGACCUCUCCGUCUCCAUAGACAACAACCCAAUCCCCACCCCUCCAACCCCAAACCACCUCGUCAUCAAAGUAAUCGCAAGCGGCACCAACCCAAAAGACUGGAAAAUCCCGCAAUUCUUCAAGCAUACUUCAAACCCGGGCGACGACAUCGCAGGCAUCGUCCACAGCGUCGGCUCCAACGUCUGGGAGUUCAAACCGGGAGACCGCGUAGCGUCUUUCCACGAGAUGCUUACCGAGGGCGGAAGCUUUGCAGAGUAUGCAGUGGGGUGGCAGCACACGACGUUUCAUAUUCCCAAGAAGGUGGGGUUUGAGGAGGCGGCGAGUGUGCCGCUUGCGAGUAUGACGGCAGCGUUGGGACUGCAUUUGAGGCUUGGGUUGGCGACACCUUGGAGGCCGGUGCCUGAAGGGACCGAGGUGCCGCUUGUGGUGUACGGAGGGGCUAGUGCUGUUGGUGCUUAUGCCAUCAAACUGGCCGUGAAAUCAAACAUCCACCCAAUCAUCGCGGUAGCGGGCCGCGGAAUCCCUUUCGUCGAGUCGCUGUUGGAUAAGUCCAAGGGCGAUGUCAUCGUCGAUUACCGUAAAGGUGAUGAUGCGGUCGUGCAAGGGGUCAAGGAUGCGUUGAAUGGACGGAAGUUGGAGUAUGCUUUUGAUGCUGUUUCAGAGCACGGUUCCUACACCAAUAUUGUGAAGGUUCUCGAUCCCCAUGGCCAUAUAACGCUCGUACUCCCUGGAAAAAAGUACGAAGGCAUUCCCGAGACGGUUCACCUGAGCAUCACAAAUGUAGGCGAGUCUCACAAGGGCGACAAGGACUUUGCGUACUUGUACUUCAGAUUGCUAGCAAGAGGUAUGGACGAGGGUUGGUUUACUCCACACCCAGUGGAGGUGAUUCCUGGAGGAUUGGGGGGUGUGGAGACGGCAUUGAAGAAUUUGAGGGAUGGUAAGGCGAGCGGGGUGAAAUAUGUUUUCAGGGUCGAGGAGACCGAAGGGGCGGCUAAGUCGCAGCUGUAG